AUGGAUUGCAAGCCGAUCGCCUACCUGGCCUCUGGGGUCCGAACCCCGAUCGGCUCGUUUCGCGGCUCGUUUGCCACCCUGUCGCCCGUUCAACUCGGCUCGAUGGUGGCGAAAGAGGCGAUACUGAGCGCUACUCUGGCGGCCACAGAAAUCGAAGAAACAUUCGUCGGAUCGGUGCUGACGGCGAACGGCGGCCAAAAUGUUGGCAGGCAAAUCGCGCUAGCGUCAGGAAUCCCGAAAGACGCCCAAGCUGUAACGGUCAACAAAGUCUGCUCUUCGUCGAUGAAGGCGCUGCAGAUGGCAUGCAUGUCUAUUCAGACGGGAUACCGCGAAAAAUGCCUGGUCGUCGGCACCGAGUGCAUGAGCCAAGUCCCGUUCUACAUGGCGCGAGGGGAUACGCCGUACGGAGGAUUGACGCUAGUGGAUGGUAUCGUUCGCGACGGGCUUGAAGACGCGAUCGAAAAGAAAUCGAUGGGUUUUUGCGCCGAGAAAACGGCAACGGAAAACAAAAUCACGCGCGAAGAAAGCGACGCCUACGCGAUUCAAAGCUACAAGAAGGCGGCCGCGGCUUGGAAGAACGGAUGCUUCCGAGACGAGGUGAUCCCAGUGGCCGUCCCGCAGCGGCGAGGCGACCCUAUCGUCGUGGCCGAGGACGAGGAAUACAAGAAAUUGGUCGAAAGCAAGGUCUCGUCACUUCCGGCAGCUUUCAAGAAGGACGGCGGCACCAUCACCGCCGCAAACGCGUCCUCGCUCAACGAUGGGGCUGUCGCGGCCGUAGUGAUUGGAAAAGCCGAGGGCCCGAUUCUCGCUGAAAUUCUGGGCUUCGCUGAAGCCGGCAUGGAACCUAUCGACUUCACAUUGGCUCCGGUUAACGCCGUGCGAAAAUUGCUCGCGACGCACAAUAUCCAUGCCGCCGACAUUGCCACCUGGGAAGUUAAUGAAGCUUUCUCCACGACGGCCCUCGCGUUUAUCAAGGCGCUCAGCGUCAACCCCGAGCUCGUCAAUAUCAAGGGUGGAGCCGUGGCGCUUGGGCAUCCACUUGGCAUGUCCGGCCUGCGGAUCACUGUGUCCCUGGCCCACUCGCUGAAGCCCGGACAGCUCGGCGUGGCGGCCAUCUGCAACGGCGGUGGCGAGGCGAUGGCGGUGCUCCUCCGCAAGAGCAAA